AUGGCGUCGACGACGAGAGAGAAGAAGCGGUGGCUUCCCCUCGAAGCCAACCCCGAAGUCAUGAACCAGGUAUCUUCUCUCGCUCGCGCGCACCGUCUUUGCACAAUCCUGGCCGUGUAUGCCUCUGGGUUUGCAUGUCUUCUUCUUCAUCUACUUCUUGCAUUCUGUCGACUACGAUGUCGCUCCAGUACCUCUGGAGGCUAGGACUCCGGGAAGAGGAGGCGGAGCUGUGCGACGUCUAUGGCCUGGACGACGAGCUCCUGGCGAUGGUCCCCACGCCCGUGCUCGCCGUACUCUUUCUCUUCCCUUGUGACGAAAAGGUGAUACGUUCGGUCCUUUUUCUUGAGAAAUUGGAAACUCACCGUCGUCCUUGGGACGAUCAGGCGGCAUGAUCCCUCCUUUUUCUCGAGAUCUGGGAACUCUGUACAAUUUCCUUUUGUUUGCGUGAUGCAGGUUGAAACUGAGAGGCUUUUAGAGAAGGAGAGGUCGCAACAGGUGAACAUCAAGGUAAUCGGAUGGAAACUCUAAUGAUCCCAUAUAUCUCCGUCCGUUGUAAAUUAAGAGCCAUUAUAUUUCAUUUGAAGUAUUCGUUUCUCAUGGCAAGCAAGGUGAUGUCGCGAUCAUUGGCCAUGGAUUGUGGUGUAGUUUGGAUACCUCCGCGCAUUCGUUUUUUUUUAAUGUUCUCUUUGAUUGCUCAUUCUUGAGGUGAUGCCAUAGAAGGUGAAUUUUCAUGUCGUAAAUUCUUUCUCUUGGAUUCAUCUUCCAUCCUCCUUGAUGUGCAUACGUUAGCUUGUUCUCCAAACUAUUCUUCCUGUUUUUUUUUUUUUUUCAAAUUUGUAAAUUCAUAAUCUGUUUUAAGUCUAAUGCUGGUUACAUGUGGAAAUUUCUUAUCCAUCAGUCUUGUGAUGUGAAUUUUUCACUUACCAGCAUACAGAGACUUGGGCAAUCUCAAAUCAAUCUAUAAACUUAUCAACUUAGAUGACUUUGUCAGACAGUGAUUAUAUUUUUUAGAUUCUCUUUGUAUUUUACCUUUCAAUUUGACCAUCUCAUAUUUAACAUUUGACAACUCUCUUAGCAUAGGUCAUUCUAACACUUGCAAUGGUUGUCCUGGACGAAACUUGGAGAAAUAUUUUGACUUAUCGUAAUAUUCAAAUCAUUUUGUAACAGAAAACCCUUCGCUCCAACAUUGGAGUGGUGAAAUACCAAUGCAUAUGUGAUUAUCUCCUCAUAACCCUGGUUGGGAUUGGGUUUGCUGUUGUUUAAAGAUUGCUAUCAGUAAAGUUACCUACAGUCCUGAUCACGGAGAUUGUUGAAUGGAAGCUCACGUUUUCUUAAAAAAAAACUGAAUCUUGAAAAUUUUGCAAAACGUCACCCAGAGGAGUCUUAUCAGGGUGAAGAGGCAUAGAAACUUGCGAUCAGUAACUCCAGAAACUGAGGAUAAUACCUCCGAGAUAUUUUAUGGGAUCCUCCAAGAAUAUGAGGGGUAUAGGAUCCUAUGAGAUCCUAUGCAAUCUGCAAUUGUUAUAUUUCUCGCAGUUUCUAUUACCUAUUUUUGAAGCCUCAAUUUCAAGUGUUGCUUUAUGGGGCUAAUUUUAGCCAAUUCUCAGCCCUCUUUGCUGUGUUUGUAAUUACUAUAAUUUUUAGCUUACUCCAAAUUAAUCCCACAAGAUGCCAAUUAAUCCCGCCAGAUGGGCAGUACGUUUGAAUUUUUUAUGAUGGGGUUGGUCUUCAGUGACAUUGUUGAUUAUGGCCUUCUCCAUUUUUGCAUUUUGUGUUAUAUCUUGUUAAGCACAAAAAUGAAGUGAAUUUAUUUAUUCUCGUUUGGUUUGAUGACUAUAUGUCUCAUGUGUAAUUUCAUUUUGUUCAACCUAAUGGGUGGAUAAUUACAAAACUUGAGCUUUUACUCUAACUUAUUUUGAUCUUUUCGUUGUUUUUUAGUUAAAUGAUAGAAGUUUUUUCUACACAAUAAUGACCAAAAACGGAAACAAUAUGAUAAGUAUCGAUACCCCAAAGUUGUACAUAAUAUAUUUAGAAGUCAAGCUUUCAUGAAUGCAAAAAAUCUUAGAAGAAGGGUUGAUCUAAGUCGACCCUGACCCCCCAUUAGUAACAAAGAUCCAUAUAUUUUUAAAUUGACCCAUGUAAAAAAUAAAAACAUGUUUUCUAAGGGGAGUUGACUUGUCCAUGGUGAGGACUGACUAUGAUGUCAACCUCUAUGGAAGAUGGGUGAAGAAGAAUGUUGAGGGUUGACUCCUUAAAAUGCUAUUGCUCUAAAAGGUCAACCACAUAUUUUUAAAGCUCACUCUCUGCUUUUUUCAAUGACUGUUUUGCUUAAAAUGGGAAGUCAAGAAACGCUGCAAAUUAGGCCAUUUUAUGGAAAUAGGAUCAGCCUUUGUAACCACAAGACGAGGAUCUUUGGCUUCAAAAUGUUAUGAAAGAUGAGAGAUUAUCGAGCUUCCACGAAUCAAACUUUUAGGCUUAGAAGCAUCUUCAAGCUCAUGAUAUUUUAAAAUCAUCCAGCAUCUUAGUAAGCACUUUGAGCAUGCCACAACAUCCUCAUCUAUAAAUAAGUUGUCAGUGUUGUAUUUGAUCUCUCCUUUCUUGUUUAAGCUUGCUCUUGAACGAGGCUUGAAAGGCUUUUGGUGGUAUCAUAAGAAAGCGAACAUGGAUAUAUAAGUUUUGAUUGGUAUCUUGAAAAAAGUUAUUAUACAAAUUUGAGAGAAACCUACUGAAAAUACUCUUAAAGAGGCUUGGGGAGUGGAGUUGGUCUGGGAUUGAUUUAACCACUGCAAAAGUUUGUGUAUUCCCCCUGUGAUGUGUGCUCUUUAAUUUCUGUUGUCAAUUUUUCAUCAUCCUGAGUUUUCUGUCCAGUCUAAAAAUCCAACACCUUUAAGAUUGUACGAUGGGUAUUUUCUUGUUGACAUUAACGAUGACUGAUGUGAAGUUGACUAAUAAUUUAUUUAGUUUCUAUUUUUUGACGGAGUAUACUGCUACUCCACUGUUUAAAUGUUUUUUCUCAUGUACCUUGGCAAUUCUUAACUGUUAUCUGGAUUUUAUCAAGAUUUCGAUUUAUUCUGAUGCAGCUUUUAAUAAUUCUUGAAUGGCUUUUAUAUUUUUUGGAUUAAAUUGCUGACUCUCGAAUAAAAACUAAAAGUAGCUCGUAUUCAGAAUGUCUAAACUAUGUAAAGCGAGAUGGCCUUCUUUUUACACGCAAACAUUCUAAUGUGGACAGUUUUUGAUAAAUCUUGGUAGUGAUUGUUUGACAGCAUUUGUGUGGUUUAGUAAUUAUUGAUUGGUUAUUAUCGUGCUCAGUUUAUUAAAUAUUCAUUAGAGUUUUUUAUUUAUAGGCAGUAGUGAAAUCAUAGAACCACUGUGGCAAGAGUAAAGAACAGUGAGUGGUAGGUAAAACUGUCCUGAUGAAACUGGUUAAAUGACGAUAGCAGGUAGGGCAGAUACGUCCAAAAUGAGGCACUGAAGAUUAAUGAUGUCAGAAUGGAUGGCCUAUUGUCAUGAAGCCAUAGGUUGAUAGUUUCUGCUGAAUUAUUCCCGCUCUUUUAGCGGUAUACGAUGUCUUGGUAAAGUUGAAUGAUAUAUCAUUUCAUGGUAUGGCCUCCUAGUUCCCCUCUGGGCAUGUAACACAGACGAAACUAGGCUGUAUACUUGGUUUAUUGCUUUUUAUUUGGUAAUCAGUUGCAUCACGCCACCUGUGGUGGAGACACAACACUAGCGAAGCCCAGACCAUGAUUUGGGUUUCUGAUUGACUAAAAGACCGACAUAAUUCUUUGGAUCAUCUUCCUUCUGAUCUUCAGGGAUUUGGAUUCCUGGGAAAUUUUGGAAACUGCAAACAAGCCCUUAAGAUCAAUCAUGCUACAAGAAAUGAGUCUUUGCUGCCUGAUUUAUGAAUCUUCUAUUCUUGGUGUAGCUUGUCGAUUGCUGAUCCUAUGUAUCCAGGCCUAUCACUAGUUCAAGACCUGUGCUUAGGACAUUUUAUUCAUAGCAAGUGUCACGUUUGGUUCUAUUUUAAGAAUCCUGGGUAGUACUGUGAUCCCCUCAUUUUUGGACUUGCACGGAUGCAAGUUAACUCUUAGGUUGAAGAGGCCCCCAGUCUGCUCUAAUAAAACAUCGUUGAGAAAGAAGCACUCAAAUAUGAUGGUUUUGCUCCCAUUACUGUUAACACUCUUUUGGCUUAACAUUUUAUUUAAUCACGAUCUUUAUAAUUUUUUUUCAUUUUUUGACAGUUAUUGGUAUCAAUAUCUUGGAUGUUGCAAUAACCUAGCCAUUUAUUUCAGAAACCUAGUGAGAAAAUAUAUUUCUUGAAACAAACUGUCGGAAAUGCUUGUGGGACGAUUGGUCUUCUUCAUGCUAUUGGAAAUGUAACUUCAGAACUCAAUUUUGGUAAGUCUAUUGAUGCCAUAUUACCUGAUUGCAACGUUACUGUUCAAAAAUAGUAUUUAGUUGAAGACUAUUUUCAUAUAAUAGUAUCUUGAAAUAAAUGGGGGGGUUUCCCCUAACAGAGAAAAUCCGCACCCCAAAAGUUUGUAUAAUGUAUGCAAAAGUAAUAAAUGUGCAGAUGUGCAGGAGAUUAUAAUCUAAAUAAAUGUUUUAACUUUGGUGAGAAAUCAGUGUCAUAUGCACGAUUUGAAUAACAUUAUUUGAUGUUGGAUGCUAAGGUAUGUGACGAACAACAGAAUCGCCAUCUUGAAGUUAUGUUUGUAACUUGAAGAUGCAUUACGUUCUCAUGAAGCUGCCACACGGUCUAAUAAUAGCAUGGUCUGACUCCGGUCAAGAACCAGAUCUCUACAGCCAUGGAGAAUCACGCUUCUCAAGUUCCUAACAAUAGUGGGGCCUACACGAAUCAAUACCCUCGGACAACAUCUGACUUGCCACAUCAGAUCCAACCUUAGUGUUAGAGACAAUAUGGGUGGUUCAAUAUGGCCUGAAUAUUGGAAUAUAGAGGGACACCCCAUUGUUUACAGGUGACACAAUCAUAGUCUAUAGUUAUCAAAAACCAUCUUGCAUGAUUCUGUCACAGGUUAUCAGAAGCCACCCAAAUCUAUGAUUACACUAUGGUGUCUCAAAACCUGCAUGUCUCCUGGACUGCAAAAUAAAUGGGUAUGGUGAUACAAUCUUGGGAAAAUAGAAUUCUGUCUAGGGGGGUUGGCCGAUUCUAGAUGUACAGGACACCAAAAUAUUCUGAAUAUCUAGUCAAACACAGUGCUUACAGAGAAAGUUGGGAGUCACCUUGACAACAAUAGUUGGCUUCCCAGAAAACUUGGGGUUUUUUUUUAUGCAGCAAGUGGCACACAAAGUUGUCUGGUGACAAGGGCACUGCCAAUUUGUGUAAUUAGCGUGUAAGUGCCUUACACGAUGAUGAAUCUACCAUUACACACAAGUGCUGUUAUCUAUUCACAUCAUGUUAUUACAAGAUCGAUUUGGCAUAAUUACUCUAUUUACUUCAUACAUGUUAAUUUAAAAAGUCAUGACACGUAUUUUGAGGACCUUUAGAAACUUUUAGUGGUCAGAAACUUACUUGGAUAAUGUCUCUUCACUACUUUUUUGAGUGCUCCCUAAGUCUUGCAAAAGGGCUGAAAGACAUGCCUUUAAUUUUUAAAAAAAAUCCGUGAUCCUAACCUCAUGAGUAGAAUGUGAAUUCUCUCAAAUUCAUAAGUUAGGUCACUUGUAAAAUACAUGGCUCUUAGACGAUGAUUUAUCAAUUUGGCAAUUCAAGAUGUUGCACACAACAUAUGAUAGUCUAAGUCGAUAAGCCUCAUAGAAUAUAGUUUUUCACGUCUACAAACAUUAAAGUUUUUUUAGAUCGAUGUUUAAGAGAUUCGGAGGACACAGAAGAAGCCCAAACAUAUGGGUUAGAGGCUUGAACAAGUGAAACGAGCACAAUAAGUUGUUUGUCACCCUGAGGGCCAAAACACAUUUAUUUCGUAUGGCUAAUAAUUGCUUCCUAUUUUUUUAGGAAUUCCUUUAGUGUUAGAAAGUUUGGUUUUGGAUAUUAUUAUUUAGGAGACGUUCAGUUCGUUUUCACUUAUGGAGGUGUGCACUGGAGAUCAAGAUGGUCUUUCUUUCAUCUCCUAAAUAAUAUUUUUCCUCUUGGCUUGUUGAUUCAAGCAACCUCCUUGUGGAUUCAACAGGGCUAAUGUUUUUGAUCCCUGUGGAUUCAAGGAUCAACCCGAUCAACCUUAAGGAUUCAAGUGCCUCAUUUUUUUUCAUCCUUGUAGACUUGACGAUCAGCUCUUUUUAUUGAAUUUAUGUAGAUUGAAGGAUUACGGGUUUUGUCCCUUAUGGAUUCAAGGUAUGGUUUUCUCCCUGACUAUUCCUAGGUCAGUAGGGUACCAACUAAGUUGCAUAUAACUGGCUAAUUUCUGAAGACACCAAACCAAGUUCGAGCUUGCUCACAAUAAACUUAUAUAAACUUAAAAAAACUGAAAUGAAUAACUAAAUAAAACUUAUAUAGACAUCGAAAAGGAAAAUGAAUAACUAAAAAAAUCCUCCCAAGCAUUCGUGAUGGUGUCAUGACAAGUUUAGAGUACUUUUCUGGAUAGUGAUGACAACUUGUAAGAUCUUAUGUUUGAGGAAAACAGUUUGUAGGAGUGUAUUUCACAUUUGGAAAGCUUAUGAAAACACUCUGUUAUUAGUCUUUUAUAAUUUUAGAUCUUCUAUUAACUGAUGGAAAAAAAGUCGAUUAGAACUUUUGAACAAUGACUAUCUUUUGAUUUUCAAGUUUUCUUUUAGCAAAUUAAUCCUUACAAAUUAUAGGUUGCUAGGCAUCAAUAGAGUAUUGACACUUAGCAUGUUCAUAUAUUGGCACCUCCUAUGCGUGGUCCAGAAACUUUACCUUAGUCUUGACCAUUGUCAUUUGAGUGUUGACCUUUCCAUGAAUGUUAACAGUUUGAUCUGUGGCAUCAACCCUUGCAUAAGUUGCACGCUGUUUUUCAUUGGUGAUUGACACUUUUCUCUCAUAUGUUGACCCCUAUGAAGUGGUUUCUAUUUAGCCCAUGAAUGUAGACCAGUCAAGACCAGUACUAUCUAGCAUUCCCUCUAGGCUUUGACUCUUCUAUAAUGAAUUAUUUUCCCAGUGAAAGAAUCAGCACAUUUUCUAGUGUUGACACUUACCUCUCUUAACCUGAAAAAUUCGUUCGGUCAUGUAUGAAAUGCAAUUUUGAUCACGAUGCAUUUUGGCCCAAAAAUGAAACGAUUUGUUACAUUCUAACAUUAUUUCUAACAUUAUGAUCUCUCUUACAUAAGCCUAAAUAGUUUGGUUCAUCAAAAUGAAUGAGGGAUUUUAUCAUAGCUUAAUAGCCCAACACAAUGAAGUUCAUAAUACAACAAUAUCUAGCACUCUAUGUAGUCUAGAAACUGAACUCUUUAACAUAUGUCAUCUAUCCAAUUUUCAAGAUCCUAAGUUUCAUCUUUUCAGUCCAUUUUAUGUUAAGACGUUAUUCCAUUGUGUGUACAUUAAAGUUCUUGAUGUCCAAUCUUUUUUUGAUUAGAAAUCAAAAAAAGAUUGGACAUCUUUGACGCAUAAUCUAAAUACCAGCAAGUCAAUGAUUAGAAAUCAACAUGUUUGAUUAUUUAAAAGGAAUAGUAGAAUGAAAGAGGGAUUCUUGAAGCUUGCAAACUAGGUUUAUGAGUACAUCUUUGACGCAGCAGAAGUCAGAGAGGAAACUUGUUGGGAACUGAAUCUGGAGAGGAGAGGGCAAUAGAUAUAUGGAAAUAAAAAUGGAAAUAGAAGAUCAAACAGUAGAAAGAGUGGCUUGGGCUCUGAAGAACCCUAGAGUCAGUGGGGAGUUCGAGAGGUCCUCUCCUGUCCUUCGGCCGCAGCUGCCCUAGAAUAACCAUUCAAUACCCUUGAAUGUUCCCCACUUGGGUGCCUAAUAGCCCGACCCCUUACAGCACAAGGACUCAUUUAUCCUUUACUCUGGUUAUGCCAUCUUCUCAUGUGAUUGGGCCUUUCAGUCUUCCGCUGUCGUGGUCACUAGGACUGAGAGCCACUUUUCCUGUGGUGAGAGUAGGUUAGGUCCACUGGGGGCCUAACAAAAAUAUAGGAUCUUUAAAUUCACAAGGAUAAAAUUAUAGGAUCUCUUAGAUACACAAGGGGUUGCCUGAAUUCACAAAGAGGAGAGCAGUACCUUUUCUGGGUUGAAAAAUAACCCUCUUGAUCGAUGGUGUACGUAAAUUAUAAAAAUCAGUUGUAGAUUCUCAAAAAAUUUGGAUAUGAUAUGAAGCUCUCUAAUAGUUAAUAGUUUCUUAAAAAAGAGGACAUAGUUAUAACCCCUGCAAAAGGAAAAAACAAUCAUCCUUAUUGAUGACAUAACAACUCAUUGGGUUCUUUUUGCUUGUUACAGAUUUCUAGGGUGCACUCAUUGGGGUCCUUUAGUUUCCUUCAAGGUCUAUUCUACAUCACCUAAGAAAUCCAACUAAUUGUCAAAGAUUUAGUAAGCUCUUUGAAAUGGCCAAUUUUUCUUGAGUUAAGAUGUAACCUUGCAGAAAAUCUUAAGAGGAGGCUUAGGGGGUGGAGUUGAGAUUAACGAAAUUACUAUAAAAAUUGCUUGUAUUAAUUGUGGUGUGCACUCAUCCAUUGGUACAUAUGAUUUACAUAGGUGCAUUCGUUUACCCAGCCUAGGACUCUUUCUAUUUUAAUGUAGAAAUGGAAAAGUAGAAACUUAAUUACGAUUUAGUCAAGUAAAGGCCUCUAUGGAUAAAUUGACCGUCUGAUUGCCACAAGCUUAACCAGUUUAAAUUCCAAUAGAUGGUGUCAUAUCAUAAAAGUAUCUCAACAUAUCAAUUUUGUUCUUUGUUUUCUAUGUCAGAUCACAUAUUUUUAACAUACAACACUGUAAAAUUUAUAUGUUUACUUCUUAUUGCAGCCUCAUGGCCGAAUUCACUUGUGCACAUUUCGGAUGUAUAUUGAUCAUACAACAAUCAGUAACAUAUCAUCAGAACCUCAUAUGAUAGCAUAGUUAUGAACUUGUAUAAUUAUUGAGGCUCUUGAAUAUUCAGUAAGUUUUAAUAGUUUCUUUAAUAUUUUAAUGGACUGUACUUGGAAGAAUCCACUUGUAUUUUAUGUUUAGUGGUUGCCUAAAUUGACUGUUUAGACUCUAUAAUUUUUUUUUAGAAGUCUGUCUUUUACUAUAUCUAUUAUUUCGGUUAUUGCCAUCAAAAAUCUCAAACGACCUUACAAUGUAAUUUACUUCAUCUUUUAUAUUUUUAGCAAAAGAAUCUUUCUUUGACAAAUUCUUCAAGUCAACAGCGAACAUGGAUCCACUUGAGGUUAGCAUUCUUCUUUAUUUCUUCUGUUUGUUUUACUAUGCUAUACUUAGGUCCUGAAGAAGACUUAUCAUCUUGCAUUACAUGAUGUAUAUGUAAUCCUUUGUUAUGCAGCGUGCACUUUUUCUUGAGAAGGAUGGAGAAAUGGAAGAUGCUCAUUCUUUAGCAGCUUCUGCUGGUGACACUGAGGUUAUUCUUAUUUCUUUUAAAUCAAUCCUAGCCGGCGAUGAGAUUAGCUAACUGUUAAAUUCUUGGCAUAAGUUGUUAUUGGUCACACUUAUUAAUCUUUUUCUUCUUCAUUUUAGCUGCUAUUUUGAGUAGAACCUCAGAGGGCAAAGACACCAGUGGAUUAGAACACUUCAAAACAAAGUCCGAUUGAAUAACUAUGGGUGUCACAAAGCCAAUUUAUAUAUGAAUCGGUUGAAUCAGUCAAUUCACAAACAUAAUUCAUAUCACAAAGCCCUUCUUACUUUAAAUGUGGAUCAACGGCAUUGAAUUUUAAGAAUCUUACACCUGCAUUGAAGACAUCAUCUAUGACAUGCAGAUCUACAAUGUGAUGGUGAUCUCCCAAGCUUUAUUCGGUUAGUAUGGUUGUAGUUCAUUUCCUCGAGGAAUUUAUGUUUGGUGGUGACCCCAGGCUGGAAAAAGAUAUUUCAUCUAUCUAAGCAGAAAUUAUAUCAAACAUUUUCUAUUAUGCAUCUGUCAUCUCUCUGUUAUUCCCUGUAAGUCUAAUUUUAUCUAGGCUGUUGAAAAAAUCACCUUUAUCUUAUAUCUAUCUAUUGUUGAAGUUGCAUUAUGAUUUCAGCUAGAAAAUUCUUUCGUCAUUGGGGAUUGAGUAAUUUUUUUCAUAUCCUCUUACUACAAGCAAUGAAGCUCUUUGUACAUUUAUGCUUCAGCAGCAUGUAAGUAGAUACCUUUGGUGACAAAGUGGAUGAUAAUAUGAUGUAGACACCCGAUAAGUCGCUAGAGCUUCCAUCUUUCUUUAAUUCAGGAGCACAGCAUGUCAUGCUUCUCAUAUUGAAACCAUUAACACACAUGGCCAUGCAAGGGUGUCAAGGGACAUUGACUUCAUGUGUCUGCAUGUUAUUUCUCUUUCCUGUUACAGAGAAUGAUGGAGUUUUUUUCUUGGAUUGAUGUAAAUUAGACAUCUGUAUGUGAGUGAUGUCACUUAUUCCAGAUGGCCAAAACAGACAGCUGCCUGAUGCCUCACCCAGCUUCUUGUAUGUGGCUGUAUGGACUUAAUUUUCUCAGCCUGAGUCAAGCUCAUGUUUUAUAAAGGGAGUGCAUUCCUGGCAUACUUCCUGCUGUUGUAUUUUCUCUGCUUAGGGUUGAAGAAGAAAAAUGUGCACCCGGCACUUUCUUUGGUUAUUAUAUUCUUUAAUUCGUAUUUGAACUGUUUUCUUUCUACUUUUUUCUGAUUUGCUCGGAGGAAAGAUGUUCUCGAUGAUUUUGAUAAGGUUCUUGUCUUUUUGUCAGGCUUCUGCAAAUGUGAAUGAGCAUUUUAUCUGCUUUACAUGUGUUGAUGGUAAGUGUAUUUUGCUUUUUACCCAUUACCGUACGAUGCCUAAGUAGGUGAUUUUUUAAAAAGAACAUGCUUUACCUUUUCUUCAUGUCCAUAUAAAAGUAAAAAGGAUGAGAAAUAUGUAGGCGAGCUUUAUGAACUUGAUGGAAUGAAGACCCAACCACUGUCACACGGUCCAUCAUCACCUGACAGAUUAUUACUGGUAACUCCAACUCCAUUUGAGUAAUGGCGUCUUUCAUUAGCCUACCUUUCUUUACUCUCUUAGAGUUCUUGAAUGUAGCCUAUACCUGUUUAUGCUUUUUCUUGCAAUUCGCUGAGCAUUUUUGCAGUCUUCUUUUCUAGUGGAAGUAAAUCGUGCGGCAGAAUCUGUAACUCGUAUCCAGAUGUAUUUUAUUGUGAUGCAAGAAUCAUAAUGAGGUUUUAUAUAUCUACAUAUCAUCCAAAUGGGGCAAACUGGUGUUUAAAAAGGGACCCAGGGUUAAUGCUAAAUCGGUGCACCAUGGUCCUGUUGAUAAUGUAACCGGUAUUGUGUCUGCAAUGGACUUCCUUGUCAACUAUCGCAACAACAUGAUGCCAUGGGGAAGCUCUCUGGAAGGAUGGUUUCCAUUGCAGACACAAUACCGGUUACAUUAUCAACAGGACCAUGGGGAAGCUCUCUGGAAGGAUGGUUUCCUCCCAUUCAGUUCCAUUUCAUUCGAUGGACUCAAAAGUGUUUCCUAAUCGAUUAAGAGGAAUUUCAGCUGUAGGAAACUUUAUCUUUCUGGGCUCCUAUCAGAGGUUGCCUAAGUGAUAAUAUUUCCUUAAAAAUCUAUGAAUACUGAGAAGAUUUUGUGAAGUGGUUCUGAUGAUGGAAACAAUAGGCUUCUGGUCGGCCCUAAUUUUAUCUGCAUGAUUCUCCUAUUCUUCUCUCUACUGAUUAAAACAGAGGUUUGUUUCAGAACUUGAGAUACUUAGAAUUUACGUCUCCAUCGAAAUAGUGUAUUCAACAACUUUUCAUUGACAAGCUAGGUAUAUUCUGGGACCUGUUGCGGAUUUUUUUGCCGAUGACUGGCAGAUCUGUUCACAGACGAAUAAAAACUGGAAAAAGUUGAAUGUGCUGGUGAAAAUUACAACUCAGUACUCGUCAACUUCUUGUAAAGUUGAAUUCCUUUCGGUUCUUGGCAUUUACCAAAAAAUCUCAGAAUGAGAUUUUGUGAUUAAAAACACCCCACUAGGGGUUUUGUGUUGCAUGGAGCAUCAUUAUGACUUUCGAAAGUUGACUCAUAGUGAGAGGAUGAGAUCUGAUGUUUCUUCUGUAGAAUUUGUAUCAAUAGUGUAAGAGGCAUAAAAAUGGGCACCAGAAACCCGAACUUGGUGUGUGGUAAUCUAGAGCGAAAAUUCUUGCGCUGGACAUUGUUGAUAUGAGGACAAAAAUUUAUGUAAUGAGGAUCCGUUUGUCUGAGCUACAAGUCCUGCGCCCAUUAAUCGUCACAGAAGAGGACGAUUGAUGAAUGGGUACAAGUGCUCAGAAAGCAAUCCUGGAUACUUCCCUCAUAUCGAGCGUAGAUACCUUUUUUCUUCAAUUUACACAAUGCGACGUGUUUAUAUAUCUAUUUGAUAAAAAUGACCGUGGCUCGGUCUCUCAAGGGAACUUACGGAAUACAGUAUUCUUCAGAAUAGCAUUUCCUAUGUAAACUGCUAAUCGAUCUCGACAUGUUGCGUCCUUUCAAUGCAUACUUGAUUAUUUUGAUUGCUUAAUGCUAUAGUAUUUUCACAAUAUAUCUUUAAUGGGAGCUGAACCAUGAGUGCCAUAUUUUGGAAAUGAAGCUUUGAGUAUAUUAAUUCUCUCCAUAAAUGUUCCGUACCUUAUUAUUCAUGUUCUUCAUUAGAUCUAGCAACAAUGUGGGAAAAAACGUGUAAUUAAGAGUUAAUUUCUGUUAGUCAGUUUCCUAGUUUCGUAAUUGGGAUUGAAUCUAGGUUUUCUCCCCAGGGCCAGGAUAAUCGUAUAUAAUUUUUUUAAUACUAGCAAUCGUUCUGUGAACUGAUAAGAGAAAAUUUUCCCAGAUAUUUAUUCUUCUUUGAUUUGCAUCAGAUAUCAAUUCUCUAUUGCUCCAGGUUACCAAAUUUCCACCUUCCUAAUUGUAAUACGUGGCAGUUGAUUUCCUAUCUUCAUGUGAUCUAACUAUUUCAGCUUUUGCGUAGUCAUUGAUAUGCAUAUUCUGGGAUGUAGACUAAAAUAUACCCCUCUUGGGACGUGAUUUAGGAUAGUGAAGCCUCAGAUACCUUGACUGAGAACUGCUUAGGAAGUGCACAAAUUAACUUGUAAAAUUUAUGUCAUGUAGAUAUCAGGUCAUGUAAACAACGAAACCUUACCCACUUGUCUAUGAUAUUUUUCCUCUGCGACUACUAGGGAGCAGUUCUCCUUAUAUCUAUUCAACCUGUGAUUCCCUUCAAUUGGGGUCAUAACUGGCUUGCAUCAUAACUUCCCUAUUUCCUUGAAUAGAAAAAGUACAUACCUUUCCUAGCAUAUAUCAAUUUCCUUUGAGGAUUUUUCAACCUAACCUUUAUGAAAAUGUCUCGUGUCACCCAGAACAUUGAUCUCACAAUUUAUGGUAUUUACAUCUUUGAUUGUACUAACUUAUCACCGUUUUCUCUUGUAAUGACAACAUUAUCCACUUAAUAUUGGAUACAAACCUUCUCAUCAUUCCCUUUGACGAAUAGGUUAUGAUCGACAUCACGUUGCUGAUAUCCAGAACAUAUCUCUGCAACCAUUAGCCUAUAAAAUCAUAACUGAGGGAAAUACUUUCAAACCAUAUAGUGCUCUCUUCAAUUACAUAUCUUUCCAUAUGCCACUUAUCUUGGAAGAUGUUGUACGCAUACCUAUUUCUGCAGCUCAGUAUUCAGGAAAAAAAUCUUCCCAUCUAAGAAGCAUAGUGAGAAAGUUGAGCUCUUAGAGAGAGAAUCACCCUAUCAAAUUGGAACCUUGCAAGAAGUUCAGAGUUUUUCUUAGAGUCUAUCUUGGUCCUUGUGAGUCAGUUUGUGACAAAUCUUGCCUUAAAGUGGUCAAUGGAAGGAUCCAUCUUGCAUCUGGCGAUGUAUAUCCACUUGGAUCUAGCUAUGCUUUUCCUCUGAGGAAAGUCCACCUGCUAGCAAGUCUUAUUCUCUUUCAAUGCUCUCGUAUUCGCAUCCAGUGCAUGCAGCCAUUUCAGAUCCUUUACAUCUUUUACAGGAAGAGUCAAGACAGAAGAAGAGGACAAGUAGUGUAGAAAGGACACUGAAAAACCUAACUUGGGAUGUGCCAACUGGAGAGAAUUUUCUUACUCCGCACACCACCAAUGUACGGUCGAUUCAUUGUCAAUUAUUUGAUCUUAAACCUGCUGGCCCAUUAACAGUUUACAAAAGAGAGCAGCAGAUUGGUGAUAAGAACCCAGGUCAAAGAACUAUGAAUAAUUCGUAUCAGAUGAAAGAAACAAUCUCUAGAACAGAAAUGCCAAAGAUAAAGCACAGUAAAAGAACCCAGAACAGAUGGAGGAUCACAUACAACCUUCCAACCCUUUCUCGUAGAUGCAUGAGAUACUAACACUGUUUUCCUUCCUCCCCUUCCUUUCUGCUCUGCCCAUCUUUAUAUCCUCUCCUUUCCCUCUCUUAUUUAGGCAGUUAGUCUCCUGCCAUAACUGCUCUUGCCAUAACCGCUCUUUGCCAUUACUGUUCCUUGUCAUAUUGUUCCUUGCCAUAACUGUGCCUUCCCUCAAUCAUGCUAACCGUUAUUGACUUAUUGGGCUUUGGGCCUUCUUCCUUCUCGCAUGUGUGUGGAGCCUUAUCAAUUGGCGACAAGAGGAAAGCAAUCCUCAGCCUCUAUGAUGCCAUGGAAAACUUGAUUGCAAAGAUUUCAUGAAAAGUUUACAGUAUAUAUGAUGCCAUAUCAAGAAAUGGUAUACCACCAUCUUUGUCCUAUUCUGAACAAGUUGAUUGCUAACCAGCGGGGAUACCAAAUCAGAGAAGGAACUCUCAGGUUUUUCAUAUUGUCAUUGGACACCCAUAGUAACACUGAAGUAUGAAAAUGUUUUCUAUAAUUCCUUGAUAGGAUUGUUCCCUGGAAAUAUAAGUGAGUGACACUAACUUUUAUUUAUCUUGAAAGUAGGACCUGAAACCAUGGGUCAUUAUAAACCCACAUUGAGAACCAGAACUGCUAGGUCGUCUUGAGUAAAUUUCACAGGGAGAAGGAAAGCAAGAAUAAAAGAAAUAAAUAAAAUAAAAGUAGAUAGACUUUGGCUCAACUAAGUGGUGGCAGUGGAAACAGCGGAAUCUAUGUACUUUUGGCUAUAUGAUGGAUUUGGAGUCUAGAUUAAAAUACAUGAUCCAUACGGAAUACUUGCAGCAAAAGAACGAGAGAGGUGAGAUUGGGCAAGAGGGAAGUGCCGGAAGGGUAGGGACAGGGGGUGUAUUUUAAUGCAUUACUGUCUGUCUGUUCGUGAAGGUAUUGAACAUGAACUUGUCCUGAAGGUAAUCAGGUUGAGAAUUUUUUCUUGAUACAAUCUGGCACACAUGUGGCUCAUGUUUGAAAGUAAGGCUGUUGAUUGCAUUCACACUGUAGAGCAUUAUGAAGAGGUGAGCAAUUGGUUAUAAUGGAAUCAACUUAUGCAAUGAGAGCUGAACCUAGUUACAAGGAGUAAGAACUCCAUGGUCAUACAAAGAGCGGAACCUAAACAGGUGCUUGAGUCAUUGUUUUGUUUAAUAAUUUCUGACAGCCAUUGCCAAUAGUAGAUGGAAAUCUUAAGAAGAGUGAAAUAAACAUACUUUCCAUGGCUUGGUACGUAUUUGUGAUCAGAAGCUGCUAGAAAUUCAGAUGCUGGUAGCCAUUUGUGUUUGUGAUCACGAACAUUGAAAAUAGGUUCCAUUUCGUUCCAUGUGGAUAAACAUAAUUCGGAAUCUAGCUCAGAAUUUAAAUGAAAUAUUGGGUUGCCUAAUCAUUCAGUUUUUCAGAAAAGUCCCACUGUUUGCUUUUGGUUGUUCUUAUGUAAGUGAGAAGUAAUAGAAGUGCAUGCUUCUUCAAUUCUUGUGCGUUCUACUGUGUGCUCCUGCUUUUGCUGCUGCACCUCCAUCUAUCUUUGGUUAUCAUUUAUUGCCCAUUUUUUUCCAGGAUUCGGCCAUGGUCAUCAAGAGCAUGAUUGAAAGGUACCCAGAUUCAAAUAACUUCAAUGUCAUGGCACUUACGAAGAAGAUAUAA